UGGUUGAGUGGAUGAACUUUGAUUGGAUUCCAAGAGGAGGAGGAGUACUUGGCAUUCAUAUCUAUGAAAUGUAGACUCUUCUUCUCUCUCUCUCUCUCUCUCUCUCUCUCUCUUUCUCCAGAAUUGAAGGAGCAAAGCAGCAUAGCAUAGCAUCGAUCACUGGGCCGGCGCCACUAGCAAGUAUACGUCAUCCAUCCAUGGCCUCCACCGCCGCCUUCCUGUCCACCACGUAUACCGGCCUGGGCGCCACGCCGACGCCGGCCAGCAAGAGCAAGAAGGCGAGGUUGUUCUUGGCUCCCGCGGGGCGGCGCGGCGCGGUGAGGGCGGCGGUGUCCGGGACCGAGCAGGCGGGGCCGGCGCCGGCGUCCGGGGAGAAGGCGAAGAAGAAGGGUAGCGACGAGCGCGUGGUGCAGGUGCACAGCGCGGAGGAGUUCGACGGCGCGCUGCGGGCGGCGAAGAACCGGCUGGUGGUGGUGGAGUUCGCGGCGAGCCACAGCGUGAACAGCAGCCGCAUCUACCCGUGCAUGGUGGAGCUGAGCCGCACCUGCGGCGACGUCGACUUCCUGCUGGUGAUGGGCGACGAGUCGGAGGCCACCAGGGAGCUGUGCCGCCGGGAAGGGAUCACCGCCGUCCCGCACUUCUCCUUCUACAAGGGCGCCGAGAAGGUGCACGAGGAGGAAGGCAUCGGCCCCGACCAGCUCGCCGGCGACGUGCUCUACUACGGCGACCACCACUCCGCCGUGGUGCAGCUCCACUCCCGCGGCGACGUCGAGGCGCUCAUCUCCGAGCACCGUGGCGAGGGCGGCAAGCUGGUGGUGCUCGACGUGGGCCUCAAGCGCUGCGGCCCCUGCGUGAAGGUGUACCCCACCGUCGUCAAGCUGUCCCGCACCAUGGCCGACACCACCGUCUUCGCGCGCAUGAACGGCGACGAGAACGACAGCUGCAUGGAGUUCCUCCGCGACAUGGACGUCGUCGAGGUGCCCACCUUCCUCUUCAUCAAGGACGGCGACAUCGUCGGCCGCUACGUCGGCUCCGGCAGAGGGGAGCUCGUCGGCGAGAUCCUCAGAUACAACGGCGUCAGGGUCACCUACUGAUCGAUCGAUUCCCAUAAUUAAUCACUUAAAUUACUCUCUUGAUUCUACGUAAUUUGCACGGCGCCAAGGGUGCGUACGCAUGAUCGAUCAUCGCUGCCUGCCUGCCAUGAUGUACGACGACGACAUCCAUCGAUGUUAGAUCGAUCGAUGAUCACAUUUUGUUUUGUUUCCUGGGGACAAAUUGAUCAUGCACACAGCUAGCUAGCCGGCCUGUACGUUUGGUUUGGUUCAUUUUGUCCUGUGUAAUACUAGAAUUUUGGAGCGCCAAUUGCAGGUUCAACACACUUGGCCUGUCUAAAUUUUUAUAUAUGAGAAUAUAUAUUCACAAAUUUCAGCCGA